AGAAGAUAUCAACAAAUAAAACAAACAACAAUAAAUCGCAACGAACGACAUCGACAUGGAAUGGAAAGUAAAUACGAAGUGCGGAGAAUGUAGGCUCAAUUUUUGCACAUUGUUGAAGAAUAAAUAACGUUCUUGCCGUGAUUGUGAAGAGAUUUCGAAGGACACAAUGUGCUUGACUUUAGAAGGUUCGAUGGGAGUGUCCACUUAAACUUGGCGUAAAUUGUCUGCUCCUAGCUAUGAAGCUUAAAGUCAGGUUAAGACAACGAUAUUUUCGUUGUAUCGGCCUUCCAUUUUUACUGUUGCUGUUAACGCGUUUUAAAUUAGCCGAUUCCUGCUCUAGUGACUCUCUUACUCCACAUUAUGUGAAAGUAAAGUUCACCACUCAAGUUGUCAGGAAUGAAUACAUAGUAGCGUUCAAUGCAUAUUACAAGACUCAAGCAAGAGAAAGGUUUAUUGCAGCCGCUUUGAAUGGCUCUGAUGUAAGCAACUGGAAGAUUCUUGCAAGAAACAACCCAGCAAGUGACUAUCCCAGUGACUUUGAUGUAGUGACUUUAGAGGAGGCAGAAAACAGCCAAGAUGGGUUAGAAGCAUUACGCCUUCAUCCAGCAAUUCGGAGGGUGACACCUCAAAGAAUGGUUCAGAGAUCAUUGCAGUAUGAAAAUUCAACAGAUUUUGACAGUGAAGCUGACAAUUCAACGAGCACGGAGAGCUUUGAAAGGUGGCAGUCAUCGCGACCAUUGAAACGCCUGAGCCUAGCUGUGAAUAAACAUUUUUGGCAAUCAACAGGAAGGCAUACAAGUAGACGACUUCUACGAGCUAUUCCUCGUCAAGUUACUGCUAUUCUUCAAGCUGAUGCUCUAUGGCACAUGGGAAUCACAGGAGCAGGUGUUAAAGUGGCAGUUUUCGACACUGGGUUAGCAAAGACUCAUCCUCAUUUUAAGCGCAUAAAAGAGAGGACUAACUGGACUAGUGAGAAGACUUUAGAUGAUGGCUUAGGUCAUGGUACCUUUGUGGCUGGUGUGAUAGCUUCGCACAGAGAAUGCCUAGGCCUUGCCCCUGAUGCUGAGCUUCACGUGUUUCGUGUUUUUACUAACAAUCAGGUUUCUUAUACAUCUUGGUUCCUUGAUGCAUUUAAUUAUGCCAUUUUGAAGCGAAUUGGGGUUUUAAACUUGAGUAUUGGAGGACCAGAUUUCAUGGACCAUCCUUUUGUUGACAAAGUCUGGGAACUGACUGCAAACAAAGUGAUCAUGGUGUCUGCAAUCGGCAAUGAUGGGCCUUUAUAUGGCACUCUCAACAACCCAGCAGAUCAAAUGGAUGUCAUUGGCGUUGGUGGUAUUAACUUUGAAGAUCAAAUAGCCAAGUUUUCUUCUCGAGGUAUGACUACUUGGGAGCUUCCCCAGGGCUAUGGAAGAGUCAAGCCAGAUAUUGUCACGUACGGGGCUGCAGUUCGUGGGUCAGCUAUCAUGGGAGGUUGUCGCACACUGUCUGGCACUAGUGUUGCUUCACCUGUUGUUGCUGGAGCUGUAGCACUUUUGGCAAGUGGUGUUCUUCACCGGGGAAAUAUUUUGAAUCCGGCUAGUAUGAAACAAGCUCUUCUUGCAUCUGCUCGUAGAUUGCCUGGUGUUAAUAUGUUUGAACAAGGUCACGGCAAACUUGAUCUCCUGCGGGCUUAUCAAGUGCUUAAUUCUUAUCAGCCACAAGCAAGUCUCAGUCCAAGUUACAUUGACCUGAGUGAGUGCCAAUAUAUGUGGCCGUAUUGCAGUCAGCCUCUCUAUUACGGGGCUCUUCCAACAAUUGUUAAUGUCACUAUCCUGAAUGGACUCGGUGUGUCAGGGAAAGUUGUCAACAAACCUGUGUGGCAUCCCUAUACCCCGCAGUUUGGGCAUCACAUUGAUGUGGCUUUUACUCAUUCAGAAGUUCUCUGGCCGUGGUCUGGAUGGUUGGCUGUCAGCAUUGCUGUAACACGAACUGCUUCCAAUUGGGAAGGUAUGGCUCAGGGUCAUGUUGAACUGACAAUUGAAUCCCCACCAGAAGAUGGAGAAACUGAACCAAGGCGGUCUACUGUUCGACUGGCCAUUAAAGCAAAGAUUAUUCCAACUCCUCCCCGACAUAAACGAUUAUUGUGGGAUCAGUAUCAUAAUUUAAGGUAUCCCCCUGGCUACUUCCCGAGAGACAACUUGCGUAUGAAAAGUGAUCCAUUAGACUGGAAUGGAGAUCAUAUUCACACUAAUUUCAAGGACAUGUAUCAGCAUUUACGCAAUGGUGGUUAUUAUAUUGAAGUACUUGGUUCUCCUCUAAGUUGUCUUGAUGCAUCACAAUAUGGAACCCUAUUAAUAGUGGAUCCAGAGGAAGAAUAUUUUCCAGAGGAAGUUGCAAAACUUAAACGAGAUGUUGAUGCAGGCCUAUCCUUGGUUGUGUUUGCUGAUUGGUACAAUGUUUCUGUCAUGCGAAAAGUUAAAUUCUAUGAUGAAAAUACUCGGCAGUGGUGGAUGCCAGAUACAGGGGGAGCAAAUGUACCUGCCCUUAAUGACCUGCUAUCGCCAUGGGGAAUUGCACUUAGUGAUAAUGUUCAUGAAGGGUCUUUUAACCUUGGAGAGCAUGAAAUGUACUAUGCAUCUGGGGCCAGCCUUCUGAAAUUUCCAGACUCUGGAGUUGUGGUUUCAAGGUCACUGAGGGACCAAGGAGUGGAAAUUCUCGAUUCUGAUGCUGAUACUGUUUCAAGUACGGUACCCAUUUUAGGUCUUUUGCAAAGCAGACCAAAUGAAGUUGAAGUUGACGAUGCUACAACAGAAAAAGUGUUUUCAUCACCUAGUGGCCGAGUUGUUGUGUAUGGUGACUCUAAUUGCCUGGACAAUAGUCAUUUGCAGAAAGAUUGCUUCUGGAUGUUGGAUGCCUUGUUGGAAUUCACAUCAACUGGUCACAUGCCAUCUAUAUUUAAGGAUAACAGUGCCAAAGUAACCUUCCCAUCAACAGAUGAACCAUUACCUCAAAGAAUGGAAGGGAAUCAUCUGUACCGAUAUUCAAAAGUUAUUGAAAAUCACAUGGGAACAUUGAGAACAAGAGAACUGCCAACUUGCCCUCAUCUUGUGUGGGCGAAACCUCAACCACUCAACACUUCUGCUCCAACCAACCUUUACAAAGCACAAAAACUUCUAUCGGUUGCAAUAGACGGGGAUUUGCCAUUAUUCCGUGUUGCCCAGGGAGCUGCACAAAUGGACAUUGAUCGGGAUUCAUUUGAUAGAGGAAUGGGAGUGGAUAUAGAAGUUGAAGAGGAGGGUAUUGCACUUGUAGACUUGGCCCCGGCUAUUCUUGUCAUAUCCCUUGCGGCAGCUGCCGUUAUAUUAGCUUGUAGGUGCUACCGUUCAAGAACAAGACCAAGAAGAAAGCGUGCGCCGAGACUUCGGCGUCUAAUGGCUGUGUUAAAUGCAGGGCGAACGCCAACAGUGUGAUAUUGAGUGUUCGAGUGCAUAUACCAAUAAGACAAUUUAUAAAGUAAUGUUCCUUUUUAAGAUCCAUCUGGAUAAGGUUUUCACACUUCAAAUAAGGAUCCUAUCAGACUAAGCUUUCUAGAUCUCAAAAACUUUCUUCAUUGUAUUAACCAUGAUUUUAUCAUUUUUUCAUUAGAAGUUUAUUUCCUGAAUUGGCAGCACGGUGUUCUGUGAUGGUAAUUUGUCGUAUAUUGAAUUUUUUAUUUAAUUCUGGUCUACCAGCAAAAAUUCCAACUUUUAAAACCACUUGUGCUACUUCUUGCUCCUUUUUAAAGUUAUUGAGUAGUAUGUAUGCAGCACUGAGAGAAAUGUCCUUUGUGGAUCUUGUUCAACUAUCAUUUUAAAUCAUUUACUGGCAAAUGCCAGUGUUUUGAUUAUUUAUUAUACAUCUUUCAUAUCUUGUAGGCAGUAGGGAGACAUGGGGACAUGUCAUGUGUAGUUUGUACACAGCAUUUGUGAUAUAAUAAUAACUAACAAUGAUUGACAAUAAGUGAUAUGUUUUGUGGACUGUAGCUGUUGUAAAAUCAGUCAAGGAAUUAUCAUUGAUAUUCUUCUUCAGGUUUCAAGAUUUAAGACUGUUCUACUUCAAUCUUCUUCUUUUUUUCUUUUUCUUUUUUUUUUUAAUAGAUAUUCAUUUUGUCAGCUAUAUUUAAUAAAAGCACCUAUCAUUCAUUGGAUGAUGAAAAUUAAGAAUUACAUUUAUGCAAAUCAAACUUGUUGUGUGAAAAGGGGCCCCCAACAACCAUACACACUGGCAGUGGUAUUAACCUGUGCAAUAAUCACUACAUUUCUGUCUAGUCUAUGUUGCAAUUGAAAGCCAACUAUUACGUAUGUUUAAAGUCUCAUUCACUUUGUUUUGUGAUCUGUAUAUUGUUGGUCGUCUGUUUUUUGAUACAACUGUCCUGGUGCUAAAUGCUGCAGUGCUUUAUCAAAUUUUUAGAAUCUGUAUUUCUGAAGCUAUUCCAGGACGCACCUCUUUUUAAGACUGCAGUAAACAAUGUGUAGGUUGUUGAUUUCCACUAGUUUGAUCUGUCAGCUUUCUGUAAUCUGCAUCCCAUUCCCCAACCUAUGUUAUAGCUUAGGCAAAAACAUACAAAGUAUGUUGCAUAAUAUCAUCUUUAAACCAAUCCAUUUUUAUCAACAAUAAUGUUUAAUUUAGGAGAGCUAUAGGAAUAUGUUAUGUAUGUUAUGAAUUCCAAGAGAUUUAUUUUUAGUCAAUAACAUAUGAUUAUGAUAAUCAAUUAAUGUCUUCCCGUUACUUAUCUUGUUUCGUGUUGUUUUGAUGUUUCUUGUGUUCAAUUUUCUUUGUUCAUAUUAAUGUUGUUUUAUGUUCAUAAAAGGGAACCCAAUUUUUGGUUUUUUCACAAUUUUCCUUUGUUUUUAGUUAACAUCCAUUAUCUAAGGACAGUAUGAUAUUUAUGUGUUUAGCAUAGCAUUGUUUUUGUUUGUAGCUUUACUUCUGAUAUUUUUAAUAUUUUAAAAUCAGAACUGAAUUCUUUACAAAUUUUGAAAGUAGUAAAAUAUUGUGGAGUACUGUUUGUCAGGCCAACAACAAAACAGUGUUGCGGAUUUGCAUACCCUCGGUGGAGCAAGUAGGCAAACCCUCAUACUGCUGUGUCGUGGCCCUGACACACGGUACAAUAUUCUAGGAGAACUUUUCAUACGUAUGUUUGGGAAAAGUCUUCUUGUUCCUGGAAUUUGUGCUUACUCCUGACAAGAUGCAUAAAUUUAUAACUAAUGUGGUUCAAAACUUAUGCCCUCAUUGUGUACUUCAUUGUUUGAGUUAUUUGCAAGUUUAUUUAUCAACUAUCUGAUCAAAAAUCACAUCAACUUGUAAUUUUAAAAUACUUUUCCUCUUUGUUUUAUUGCACGUCCAUAUUGCGGAAAAGUGUGAGGUUUUUGUAUUGAUUGUCUCAUGCUAACUGGUAAGCUUUAAAAUAGCUUCAAGAAUCCAGGCAUAAGAAAAUUCAAUCGAAGAAUAUGUUUAAAUUUAUAAUUUUCAAAUUUCUUUUCAUUUUUUCUGAUCUAAAUCUACUGUAAUAAUUAGAUUGUCCAUAAUAAUUUACAUAGAACAUCCAUUCUGCUCAUACACUCAUCCAUUCAAAUCUUCCAUACGCACAGUCAUACAACCAAUAAUUACUAGGUUAGUAAUUUAACAUGUAAAUUUGAACUUAUAGACUCCACAAUGUGAGCUGUAGAAUUUCUUUAAAAUUUUGAUUAAUGGUCAUGAUAUGUUGUUUGGCUAUGGCAGGGGCUGAAAAUAAUAAAAAAUCACUUUUAUAUCUGUUGUCAGUCAUAACAAGUGCACCUCCAAAACCUUUCUACGAGAGAAAACCAUGUGACAUUUUGUUUGCCUAGUAUUGAUUUUAACUUUCAUGACCUCGUGGAACAAGAAAACAGUAGCAUUCUUUACAACAAAAUUACUGAACCUAAACUUAAUUUAUAAUUUGCAUAUUAAAAUGCAGUAAGGUGGGUCUAACAAAGCCACCUUAGUUGAGCGAGAUCAAAAUGUCAACUGUAUUAUAAUACUUCAGCACCAGAGAGGAGGUGCUUCAAUUCUUCCAGUGCAAUUGUUGUUUGAAAAAUGUAAAAAAACUGUUUGAUAGAAUUGAAAAUUUGCUUGCACUAU